AUGGGCAGUCUUUCUCAUCAAAAUUUUGUCCCUCCGACGACUCAGAAGGCCAUCGUUAUAAAUGGCAAGGACGAGGCCGUCAUCUGGGACGAGGCACCAUGUCCCAAGAUCCCAGCGGAUCAAGUCAUGGUUCGCGUUGAGGCCGUUGGCCUCAAUCCGAGUGAUACCAAGAUAAGGGGAGCCUUUGCGACAAAGUUCGGCAUCCUAGGUACAGAUUUUGCAGGCACCGUGGUCGCCGUAGGAGAUGAGGUUAACAAUAUCUCGGUUAGCGAUAGGGUCUUUAGUGCCCAGAACGAGAUAUACGGAACCACGCCUAAGCAGCGCUUAUACCCAUACAAACAAAUCAAAUAUAAAGUUCAUAUUUAA